AUGUCAAAUAGUUUUGCUCUUAAGAUUAUAUUGAAGCUUCCUAAGGGUAUUCAGAAACGUGGCAAAGGACAAUGGAAACAAAUCUCAAGUGAUUUUGUCAAAACAAAAACUCCAAAAGGGAGAAAAAGAGCAAGCAUCCAUGACCUAACCAUUGAUGACACUGACUUGGUUCCUCAACAAAAUCAAGUUCCACAAUUGGAUGCUCCAACUCAAAUUGCUAGUCAUGCUCAAAAGUUUUAUCUUCGCCUGAAUGGUACACCAAAAGGGAGAAAAAGAGCAAGCAUUCAUGACCUAACCAUUGAUGACACUGACUUGGUUCCUCAACAAAAUCAAGUUCCACAAUUGGAUGCUCCAACUCAAAUUGCUAGUCAUGCUCAAAAGUUUUAUCUUCGCCUGAAUGGUACAUCAAAAGGGAGAAAAAGAGCAAGCAUCCAUGACCUAACCAUUGAUGACACUGACUUGAUUCCUCAACAAAAUCAAGUUCCACAAUUGGAUGCUUCAUUGCAGCAAUUAUCCCCGCAGCAAAAUCAGGUUCAAUUGGAUGCUCAAAUGCAGCAAUUACAAGAAAGCCCACAUGCUUCAUUUGUGGAUACUGACACACCAAAUGAGAAGCUCUCGCGUCACGGAAUUGACUCCUAA